AUGCGAAUGAAUGAUCAAACAGAGUGUUCGCCACAGAGUAGCAAUGCUUUGGGCCUAACUCUGUUGACCCACAUAUUCAGGACGGAUCACACCAACAGUAAUAUAGUUAUCUCACCGCUUAGUAUAUCAGCCAUUCUUACUAUUUUAUACCACGGAAGUAAACAAAGCUCUCGACAAGAGCUGGCUAAAUAUUUGAAGUAUGAACACCUCGAUGACAAUAAGGUGAUGAAUGAAUGGAAACACAUCUUCAAGAAUACAAUGCAAACAAAUGUGUUGAUAGCUCACGGCUUGUUUGUUAGUCAAGGCUUUCAAAUGACAGAUCUAUUCCGCGACCGCAUCACCAAAUCCUAUGCCGCGAACAUCGAUUCUGUAGAUUUCGGCGCAAAGGAGACAAUCGACACAAUCAAUGCUUAUAUCGCCGAUAAAACUAAAGGUAAAGUCCGCAACUUCUUGGAGGCUGUUGAUCCCAAAAGUUUGCUACUUCUGGUCAAUGCCGUCCAUUUCAAAGGCCAAUGGCUUCGACCCUUUGAACCGAAAGAAACUAAAUUAGAAGUGUUUAACAAUUUUGGCACAAAACCUGUCAAAGUUUCCACUAUGAAGAUGGAGAAACAAAAGUACAAUUAUUACAUUGACAACAAACACAAUUACGAAUUGUUAGGCAUACCGUACUCCGGAAAAACUUUGGAUUUCUUCAUAAUUUUGCCUAAAAAUGGAAACAAAGAAAGUCUCAACAAAUUACUAAAUUGGUUGACUAUUGAGAAGCUGGACAAACAGAUCAAGAAUGCCACUGAACAGGAGUGUGACAUUUUGUUACCUAAAUUCAGCACCGAUUCAAGUUAUAAGUUGAAAUCCAAACUCAAGGAAUUAGGUCUUCAUACCAUCUUCACCUCAAAAGCCGACUUUUCCAACAUUAAUGGCCACAAAGGACUUCAUGUCUCUGAGUUGAUCCAUAAAUCUGUGAUUGAAGUGAACGAAGAGGGGACAGAAGCGUCGGCCGCUUCCGGCGCCGAACUCAUGCUCUUCUCAUCGCUUUCGUUGGACUCAAUAGACUUCCACGUGAACCGGCCUUUCAUUUAUUUCAUCAGAAAUAGAAACAAUGGCAUCAUUUUAUUUAUGGGAAUCAUUAACCAAUUGAAAUAA